ACAAAUAAAAUAAACGAAUUGCUUUCAAGAUUCACUCACUUAUUAACAACAAAGGAUAUGAUUGGAGCGAUCCUUUUUACUAAGAAAAUUUGCCAGUUUCAUCACCAAACUGUAUGUGCGGGAGUAUAAGGACAGAAGUCACAGUAACCAAUGGCGACAAGAUUUUAAAUGCAUGAAGACCUAUCCAUUUUUAAAAUAUGGAAAUUGGCGGAGUCACGAACAUACAAAGACUCCAAAAAUGCAUCAAAUGUGAAAAUGGUGUUCAACAUUUUUGUCAAGGAUGUCAGAAAAGUCUUUGUAGAGACUGCAUAAAUGACCAUUUAACUGAAGAACUAAACAUUCAGCAUUCGAUCAUUUUGUAUAGGAACAGAGUUUCAAUUUUUUCGUUUCCAUCCUGCAGUUUGCAUCCAAAUUACAAGCUAGACACAUUUUGUUACCAAUGUUGCACCCCAGUAUGUUUGAUCUGUUGGGAAUGUUCUCACGACAACCACACCUUUGGGCACAUGAAAGAAUUUGUUGUAAAGAAGAAAAAAAAGUUAUUACAAGAAAUGAAAAUCAUAGAAAACUGUGUUAAAGAGUACGAAAACGAGAACGCCACAAUAGAAAAAACUUACCAAGAAAAAACAGAAAAUUUUCGUGCUCUUAGGAAAAGCGCAGAAGUAAAUGAAAAAGAUCUUAUUGAGGAAAUACAAGAUCUUUUUUUAAGAUACAGAAAGAGUAUAAAUGAUCAGGAAAAAGAGAUCAGACUUCAAAGGGAGAAGAGAGAGAAGUUUUUAUCAGAUGCUGUAUCUGCUGUCAAAAUACUUAAUUCAAUUAUUCAAUCAGAUGAUCAGUCUAUUCUAACAAAGAUAGUGCAGUGCAAAAUAACUCCCAAAAUAUAUCAACAAGUACUAAAAUGUACAAGAGAGACUAUUUCUAGAUGUGCUGCACCUGUCGUUAUUUUUGGAGACUCUCUUCAGCUAGUGCAGGAGUUAAAUGACGCUAGGUAUAGUCAAUUGUCCUUACAAUCUAUGAACAAUGCAGAAGCCAUUGAUUCCGAGGAAUCGUACUUAAUGGAUAAGGCGAUAGUUAUAGGAUUUAUACACACUGGCAAAGAAAAUUUAUUUCGUUUUGUGCGGAGGGAUUCCUAUAUUUAUAUAUGCCAUUAUUUUACUCUUGAAAUUUAUAGCUUACCAUUAAAUCAGACUUCUUCUGCAAGUGUAUGUGAGAAAGUUUCGUGCUCGUGUCAACCAGAAAGUCUAGUAAUUGACAAAGACAAAAUAUUGUACAGUAGCGCAAUGGAAGGUUCGACAAUCAAUAUGAUAGCGAACGAUGGGACCUCAAUAGAAAUUGUUCGGUUUCCUGGUUGGAUUUUCCAUGGUAUUUGUCAAACUUGUGAUAAGAAGCUUCUAGUAUGUAUGGCAAAUCCUGAAAUGGAAGAAUCAAAAAUCAUUCGCUAUAAUAUCACUGAUUCUAGAACAGAACAAGAAAUACAAUACGCAGACGACAAUCAACCCUUAUUUCAGUUUGGAGAUCUCUUUCUCUUUGUAGCUGAAAAUAAAAAUGGAGAUGUAUGUGUAUCGGAUCCAAAUGCCUAUGCCAUUGUUGUCGUUAACCAAAACGGCAACUUUCGAUUUAGGUAUGCAGAAAGAAAUCUGGAGUUAUUCGGUAAAACACAUUUUAGACCAGACCAAAUCGUUACGGAUUCUCUGUGUAACAUUAUAGUAACCGAUUAUUUUAAUAACCGAAUACAUAUUAUCAGUCAAGAUGGGAUGUAUCUUAAAUGUAUUGACAAUUGUGAACUUGAUAUGCCUAUAUCUUUAGAUUUGGAUGAGAAUGGUAAUCUGUUGGUUGGGAUGUUUUUCUCGGGUGUGAUUAAAGUAAUCAAAUACAUCAAAUAAAAUAAUGUACCUACCUUCAUAUGAAAACAUUCCGGUUAAUAUAACUUUCUUGUUGAGAAAGACAGAGGUGUAGAGGGAGAAUGUGUGAUACAGCCUAAUUCUGUUUUAUUAAGCACGUCUUAAUUAGUG